AACAAACCUAACUAUGGCCGCCAUGUCAACCCUAUUCGUUCUUUCCCUAAUAAUUAUUCCUUCUUCUUCUUCUUCUUCUUCUUCCUCCUCCGCCUUCACUCCUUAGACUCACCACCGUGUUCUCUGCUCUGCGUGCGGUGCAGUCUCUCUCUGUCUCCAACAACCACCACCACCACCACCACCAUGGGCACCAAACUCUACAAGAUCAGCUCCAUAGAUUGGAAACCUUCACCCGUCAUAGCCCUAGCCACCAGCCUCGACGGCCUUCGCGUCGCCGCUUCACGCCAAGACGGUUCCUUAGAGCUCUGGCUCGUUUCUCCUGGCUCCAUCGGUUGGCACUGUCAAUUGACGAUUCACGGUGACCCUAAUCGGAGAGCUUCGUCGCUUAUUUGGUGCCCUGAUGUCUCCAAUGGGAUGCAGUGUGGUCGGUUGUUCUCUUCCAACAUUGAUGGCUCGGUUACUCGCUGGGAUCUUUUCCACUUGAAGCAGACGACGGUGCUAGAUUCUGAUGGCGUCUCGAUCUGGCAAAUGGCUGCAGAGCCGCUGAAAAGUGACAUGCCAAAUGAUGAGAAGAUGGGUGAUCAUAUGGGGAAUGGGUACGUGAGUGAAUUGCAAGGUUCGGAUGAGCAUGAGGACAGUGAAAGUGAUUCAGGUUCUGAUUCAGAUUCUGAUUCACCCAAGCAACCUGAGUAUCCACGUGUAGCGAUUGGUUAUGAUGAUGGGGCUGUGAGAAUUUAUGCCAUUUCUGAUGCUGAUGAAUUUAUAUAUGUAAAGUCCUUCCGUCGGGUCAAAGGACGGGUUUUAAGUGUGGCUUGGAGUACAGAUGCUAAAUUCAUAUAUUCAGGCAGUAGUGAUGGGAUAAUACGGUGCUGGGAUGCUGUAUUGGGUAAUGAAAUCUAUAGAAUUACAGCUGGACUUGGAGGUUUGGGCAGCGGACCGGAGCUCUGUAUAUGGUCAUUAUUGUCUUUAAGGUCUGGGACACUUGUUAGUGCAGACAGCAGUGGUAGCGUCCAGUUUUGGGACAGCCAACAUGGAACUCUAUUGCAAGCUCAUUCUUUACACAAGGGAGAUGUUAAUGCUCUGGCAGCAGCCCCUAGUCAUGAUAAGGUGUUCUCUGCUGGUUCUGAUGGCCAGGUUAUUCUGUAUAAGCUGUCUGGUCAGUCAUCAGCAUCUGAGGAUAGCAGUUCCUUGAAAAUGAUGAAGAAAUGGAUCUAUGUUCAUUAUAUAAGGGCUCAUACCCAUGAUGUCAGAGCCUUGACUGUUGCCGUACCGAUUAGUCAAGAAGAUUCUUUGCCAGAUGAGAGGAUUAAAAGAGCUCGACGUGAGGGAAAGCCCAUUGAAUAUAGUUACCAUAAGUGGGCUCAUUUGGGAGUUCCGAUGCUUAUAUCAGCUGGAGAUGACACAAAACUCUUUGCAUACCCUGUAAAAGAAUUUACAAAGUUUUCUCCGCACGAUAUCUGUCCCGCGCCUCAGAGAACACCCAUUCAUCUAGUGCAUGAUACCGCCUUCAACCAAUCACCAAUGCUAUUGGUCCAGUCUUUACAUUGCAUAGAUGUUCAUUUGCUGCAACUAAAAGAUGUUCACACAGCUGGAGCCUAUGCGAAGACUGAGAUACUUGCCCGAGUGAAGAGCAAGGGAUCUCGUAAGAUAAUUUGCAGCUCCAUUGCUAAUUCUGGGGCGCUUUUUGGGUACUCAGAUCAUGUGAAGCCUAGUCUUUUUGAAUUGAAGAGGAGUGAAGGUGGGAAAAUAACAUGGAGUGUUAGUAGAAGGAAACUUCCUCAGAGAUUACCAUUUGCCCAUUGUAUGAUUUUUACUCACGACUCCUCUUGGUUGAUUGUAGCUGGGCAUGAUAGGAAGAUAUAUGUUGUGGAUGUCAGUUGCUCGGAACUAGUGCAUACUUUUACACCCUCUCGUGAAUUGAAAGACGAAGAAUUACCUCCAACCGAACCUCCUAUAACAAGAUUAUUUACUAGUUCGGACAGGCAGUGGUUGGCAGCCGUGAACUGCUUUGGGGAUAUAUAUGUAUUUAACUUGGAGAUACUAAGGCAACACUGGUUCAUUUCAAGAUUAGAUGGUGCCUCUGUAACAGCUGGUGGGUUUCUGCCCCAGAACAACAAUAUUCUGGUAGUUACGACUUCCUCAAAUCAAGUGUAUGUGUUUGACGUUGAGGUCAGACAAUUGGGAGAAUGGUCGAUGCGGAAUACAUUUGUUCUUCCCAGGAGAUACCAGGAAUUUCCUGGUGAAGUUAUUGGGCUUUCAUUCCCUCCCUCAGAAACUUUAACGGCAGUUGUUUAUAGUUCCAGGGCAAUGUGCUUCAUUGACUUUAAGUUGCCUGUGGAGCAAGAUGAUAGUGAGAUGCUACUUACUCAGGAUUCAGUGGGUAGGAAUAUACAAAAUUUGAAUGUUAAGAAAAGGACUAAAUAUAGGAAGAACUUCGAAGUGGUGCCAUUAGAGAAUCCUGUUUUAUUUUUAACCCAUAUUAAGAACAAUUCCUUUUUUAUGAUUGACAAACCCUGGUUGGAAGUGGUCAAAAGUUUGGAAGCUUCACCCGUCCACAGACAUAUUUUCGGGUCAUAAGCUACCUGAUAGAAAUGUUCUCAGCUUGAUGGAGAUGCAUCGUGGGGAUAAAGGGGUCCCUUUUUUGUUUUACUUUCUGUAUCUCCAUGGCUGGGAUCCAGAAUCAUGUAUUGUGUUAUCAUAAUCAAUUUUGUUCCAUUAGUGAUAGCUUUACUAUAUAAUUUAUUUUUUAUUUGCACA